GGUCCAAAGAAUUAAGCUGCAGUUGUUAACUUGCAAAUAAAUUGUACGCUGCGCAUGCGCGAGGUGCGCGUGCGCGGGUGAGGCGGGCGGCAAGGGCGGACCGCGCGGCGGGCGGCGGCGGGCGGGCGGCCGGCGUCAGUACGCGCGCGCCCUCGCUAUGGCUCGGUGGGUGCCGGCCCUCGUGGCCCUGCUGCUCGUCUCCGUCGUCUCCGCCGCGCGCAAGACCGUGCCCCCCCCGCGCAUCGAACCGCAGAUCGAGGAGGUCACCGCCAAGCAACUGGAGAGAGUGCUGGAGGACAAGGACUACGUGGCGGUGUUCUGGUAUGCCAGGAGCUGUGUCACUUGCGAUAAAGUUCUAGAAGAACUAGAAAAGAUAGAUGACGACACGGACACGUUCGGCGUCGACUUUGUUAAGAUCAACGACAAGAGGCUCGCCAAACAGUAUGGCAUUACGAAAUUCCCCGCCCUCACGUACUUCCGUGAGAUGGAACCGAUCAUUUACGAAGGAGAUCUCAUGGACGAAGAGAGCGUCUUGGAUUUCCUGACGAGCUUAGAAGCAAUGGACCUGCCCGACCGGAUAGAAGAAGUCAAUCAAAAAAUCCUAGAUAAAAUUAUUGAAGACACUGAAUACGUUGCUGUUCUCUUCUGUCCUGAUCACAAAAAUUGCGGCCCGAUCAACAACAAACCUGAAUGCAAGAAAUGUGCAAAAGCUUUGCAGGAGUUGGAGAAUAUUGAUGACGAAGCAGACCAACUCGGUAUAGGUUUCGUAAAAAUUCACGAUGAGGAACUAGCCGAGGAGUACAGUCUUGGAGAUUUGCCAAGACUGGUGUACUACAGGCAUCAAAUACCUAUUAUCUAUGAAGGUGAGCUCAGUAAAGAGGAAGACGUCUUAGAAUGGCUCAUUGCAAACAAGUCGACUGGGGAUGAAGAAGAUGUGAUCGAGGAUGUAACGGCUAAAACUCUCAAUACUCUUAUAGGAAAUGUUGACAAUCUUGUUGUUUUGUUUUACGAUCACGGUGAUGAAGAGUCGAUGACAGUUUUGGGAGAGUUGGAAAAAAUCGAUGACGACUGCGACCGACACGGGAUUCAGUUUGUGAAAAUUGACGAUAAGAAAGCUGCUGAAGAGUUUGGAAUCGACGAUGUUCCCUCAAUAGUCUACUUCGAAAAGCAAAUCCCCAAUGUUUACGACGGUGAUCUCGAGAACGAAGAAGAAAUAUUAGUUUGGCUCGUUGAUCAGUUGGAAAAGGAUGAAAUUGAAGAUGUUACCGAUGAGAUGCUUGAUCGGCUUAUCAAGGACGGGAAAACUGUAGCUGUGUUAUUUUAUGAUAACAACGAUCGUAGGUCUCAAAAAGUGCUGAAUGAGUUGGAGAAUAUUGAUGAUGAAUGUGAUCAGCUGGGUAUUGCGUUUGUGAAAAUCGACAAUGAUGAAGAAGCAAAAGAAUACGGCAUUGAAAAAGUUCCUACCCUGCUAUACUUCGAGAAAGGUAUACCGACAUACUAUGAAGGAAAUCUAGAGGAAGAAGAAAAAGUUCUUAGUUGGCUACAUCACCAAACUGAAAGUGACGAAAUUGAAGAUAUUACUGACGAAAUGCUCGAUCUAAUCAUAGAGAAAAUGCCAUAUGUAGCUGUUUUGUUCUAUGAUAAGGACCAAAAGAAGAGCCAGAAAGUUUUGACUGAAUUAGAAAACAUCGAUGAUGAAUGUGAUCAGAAUGAUAUCGCUUUUGUCAAGAUCGAUGACGAUAAGGAAGCAAAAGAAUAUGGGAUUGAGACUGUUCCAACAAUGGUGUUUUUUGAAAAAGGAAUCCCGCAUAUGUAUGAAGGCGAUUUGAUGAAAGAAGAAGAGCUUUUGGGUUGGUUACUGCAUCAGAAACGUCACAGUGAAAUACCGGAAGUUACUGAUGAGAUGAUGGACAAACUAAUCGAAACUGCCGAGUACUUGGCGGUUAUCUUCUAUGACAAAGAUGAUAAACAAGAUAUACGAAUUCUUAAUGAACUAGAAAACAUCGACGAUGAUUUGGAAAAAGAAGGUAUUGUCAUUGUGCGGAUCGACAACGAUGCUGAAGCUAAAGAAUAUGGUAUUGAUCAUCUACCUACGUUGGUGUACUUUGAAGACAAUAUUCCUGCAAUUUAUGAAGGCGAUCUGUUGAACGAGGAUGAAGUACUUGAGUGGCUUAUUGAACAAAAAAACAGUGCAACGAUCGAAGAAGUUACUGAUGAAAUCUUAAUAGAUUUGAUAGAGGAACAUGAAUACGUGGUUGUAUACUUCAGUGGAAACUGUGAAGAAGGUGAAGAGUGUGACAACAUAUUAGAAGAAUUAGAAAACAUAGACGACGAGCUUGAUGAAACGGGUAUUAUCUUUGUAACCACCGAAGACUUAUCCCUGGCUAAAAAAUACGGUAUCAAGACCUUCCCGACGCUUGUUUUCUUUAGAAAUAAAGAACCUCUAAUUUACAAAGGUGAUAUCGAAGAUGAAGAUGAGGUAUUGGCAUGGUUGACAGAUGAAGAUACUCUUGAAAUUCCUGGUAAAAUUGAAGAAGUAAAUGCCAAAAUGUUAGAAAAAAUACUGGAGGAAAAUGACCAUAUCGUUGUCUUCUUCUAUAAAGAAAAUGACAAAAAAUCACAGAAAAUAUUGAGUGAGCUAGAAAACAUUGAUGACGAAUGCGAAGAAAAAGACAUUGAUUUUGUAAAGACUUCGGACGACGGAAUUGACAAGGAAUAUGACCUACCUGACUUGCCCGCGUUAGCUUUCUAUCGGCAUAAAUUCAGAACUAUCUAUGAUGGAGACCUAAUGCAUGAAGAAGCAAUUCUUAAAUGGGUUUUGGAACUACAUGACUCUCAACCUGAUGUAAUUGAAAAUGUUGAUAGAAAAACUUUAAAGGAUCUUAUUAAUGACGUCGAACACCUGGCAGUAUUUUUCUAUAAUGAUAAAUGCGACACUUGUGAGGAAAUUCUUGAGGAGUUAGAAACUAUUGACGAUGACACAGACAAGCACGGAAUACAAUUUGUUAAGUCGAAAGAUUCGAAACUGGCGUCUGAUAUUGGUAUUUUCAGUUUCCCUGCUUUAGUUUACUAUGAAACUGGUGUGCCGAUCAUGUACGAUGGUGACUUAAAGAACGAAAAUAAGGUUCUCCAGUGGCUAGUAGAUCAAAAAAGUGAAGAUAGCCACCGACCAAAAAAAAAAGCUUAUCCUAAAUCAAAGGCCAAAGCAGAUGUUGAUAAAAAAACGGGGUUUCUACGCAGUGGAAGCAAUAAAGAGUCAUCAACAGAAAGUCCAAAAAAAGCCGAAUGGAAGAAAACAGGAAAUAUUAAGGUUGUAUAUCCGAGUGCUCUUGCUGAUAAGAAACGCCAAGAAGGCACCCCUAAUCGUAAAAGUAAAGUACAUUUGGAUGAUGACAGUGACGACGACGAUGACGACGAUGACGAUGACGAUGACGAUGAUGAUGAUGACGAUGAAGACGAUGACGACGAUGACGACGAUGACGAUGAAGAUGAAGACAGUGAUGUAGAUGUUGACGAAGACGACGAGGACGAUGACGACGAUAAUGAUAAUAGUUUCAAAAGUUUCUUUCAAAACAAAUUAUCUUUUUUCAAAACACAAACAAAAAAAGAGUCGGGGAAACAAUUAACGCGUUCUGGUAAAAAAACUGUUUCGAAAACUGUUGAUUACAAUGACGUAGACGAUGACGAUGAUGAUGAUGACGAUGAUAGUGAUGAUGAUGAUGACGAUGAUGACGAUGAUGACGAUGAUGAUGAUGACGAUAAUGACGAUGAUGAUGAUAAUGAGGGUGACGAUGACGAUGAUGAUGAAAGUGAUGAUGAUGAGGAUAAAGAAAAUACGAAUAUUCGAAAGUAUAAAAACAUGUAUAACUACAAAGUAGGUAGAACGCGUAAUUUAGAUCAAAACGAUGAUGAUAAUGAUGAUGAGAACGGAGACGAAGACAGUAUAUUCAGUAGGAUAAAGAAAAUGUUUACAGGAAACUUAUUGGAUGAAACCGAAGUUCUUGAUUGGAUGGUUAGUCAAAAAGAAGAUGAGAGCAUAGAAGAAAUAGAUAGAGACCAAUUAUUUAAAUAUAUCGAAACAAAAGAAUUUUUAGCUGUUGUCUUUUACAGAGACGAAGAUCCUCUUAGUCCAAGAAUACUGAGACACGUGGAGCUCAUUGAUGAUGAAGCCGCUGAAUAUGGUAUAAAAAUUGUUAAAUGUAGCGAUCGUUUGAUGGCGAAGAAAUAUGGCUUUAGAAAUCCACCUGGUAUUACAUACUUUAGGAAAACGAAAUAUAUAAACUAUGAUGGCGAUAUGGACGACGAGGAAGAAAUCCUUGACUGGCUUACAAAUCCAGAAAAUAUGGAACUUACUGAUCACAUUGAAAAGGUCAAUCAGAAAAUGUUCCAAAAAAUAAGACAAAUAUCUGACUAUGUGGCUGUAUUCUUUUACAGUAAUGACUGCAAACAAUGUCCAAAAGUACUGGCAGAAAUUGAACACAUAGACGACGAUGCUGAUGCUGCUGGCAUUAACUUCGUCAAAAUAGAUGACCGAGUUAUGGCUAAGGAAUUUGGGGUGUUUGCUUUACCUGCCGUGUUAUUCUUCAAAUUGGGUUCUAAAGAACCCGUUAUAUACGCAGGUGAUUUGUACGAUGGGCAACAACUGCUCAGUUGGCUACUUACGCAGAAGAACCCUGCUGGUGAUAUUAUCGAAGCACUCGAGGGUCAAGAAUUAUUGGAUUUGAUAGAAGAAUCUGCAUCUCUAGCAGUAUACUUCUGGAAUAAAACAUUGUGUGAAUUGUGCAAUGCAAAAACAACGAAAAAGCCGAAAAAGAGUAUUAGAGAACACGACGACGAGGAAGGACUGGAAAUAGACGAUUCCCUUGAUUGUGAACAAUGUAACGGAAUCCUGGAAGAGCUCGAAAAUAUUGACGAUGACUGCGAUAGACAUGGAAUUAAAUUCGUUAAAACUCAAGAUUAUUCCAUAGCAGAAAGUUACGGAGUCACUGACUUUCCAGUUCUAGUAUACUUUGAACACAAUAUACCGAAUGUAUACGAGGACUCUUUGGGUGAAGAGGAAGAAGUUCUUCAAUGGUUAAUUACUCAGAAAACAGAAGAUCGCAUUGAACUUAUAACAAGAGUUAUGUUAGAGAAAAUGGUAGAGGAGACACAAUAUCUAGCAGUUUAUUUUUACAAAUUAAAUUGCCACAUUUGCGAUCAUAUACUAGAAGAAUUGGAAAAGAUUGACGACGAAUGUGAUGUAUACGGCAUACACAUGGUUAAGAUACAAGAUCCACAGCUUGCGAAGCGAUACUCUAUUAAGACUUUUCCAGCAAUGGUUUACUUUAGAAAUGGCAAUCCUCUACUUUUCGAAGGUGACUUACAAAAUGAAGAAUCUAUACUAGAAUGGCUGAUCGAUGAUGACAAUCGUGAACUAGCCGAUGAGAUUGAAUCAGUUAAUGAACGAAUGCUUGAGAGACUGCUUUACGAAUCUCAUUUACUUGCAGUAUUUUUCUACGACGAAGAAGACUGUCAAGAAUGUCAAGAUAUUCUUGAAUCUCUUGAGCAGAUCGAUGGUGAAGUUGACCAGUUUGGUAUAGACUUUGUUAAAAUAGCUAGUGUUGAAGCAGCUGCCAAAUAUAACAUCAUUAAUAUACCUUCGCUUGUUUACUUCCGGAAACGAACUCCAAUGUUCUAUGACGGUGAUUUACACCAAGUGGAUAGAGUUCUGCAAUGGUUAACAUCACAAGAAGUUUUCGAACUUAAAAAUGAAAUUGAGGAAGUCAACCGAAAAAUGUUGGAUAAAUUGUUGGAAGAAAACGAAUUUCUUGCUGUUUAUUUCUACGAGAAUUCAGCUGAAAGUCGCUUAGUUUUAGACAAACUAGAAAAUAUAGACAGCGAGACCGACAAUUUGGAUAUAACAUUUGUAAAAAUGCAUGAUCCUCGGUACGCCCGCAAAUGGGGUGUCACUAAACUGCCGGCGAUUGUUUACUUUAGGAAACGCUUCCCCAGUAUAUACAGAGGUGACAUAAUGGAAGAAAAUGAGGUUUUAGAAUGGCUGCGAAAGAACAGAUUUAGGCAGCCAGAGCUGAAUGUAUUCAUGUAUGCUUUGAUAGCUCUAUCAAUAGCGUUCGUCAUGUACACCGCGUUCUUGCUUCAAUGCUUUAAGCCCCUCGCGUCAACGACCACACAGCAUCCGAAGCAGGCGUGAUUUUUUUUACAGGUUCUAGACCUUAAACUUUCGACUGUAACAAGCCUACGGCUUAAAAUAUAUUUCGACAUCUAACAAUAUACAAAUAUUUUAUUCCAGUAUUUUAACUUGAAAUAACAACGUAAGAAUUUAGACUUUGUUUUUCUUCGGUGAUUUUUUUUUCAUAAAAUCUGUUUUAACCUUAUCUUCUGAUGUGAUCAGCUAUGAACAGCUUAUGCUAUGCGUCAAAGAAUAUACAGACUAACAAUAAUAUGGGAUCAAACUUUAUUUUACAUUGAUAGAUUUUAGAAUGAAAUGCUUUACCUAAUUUAAACACUUCUACUGCGUAAAAUAUUUCAAAACACGAACAUUAAAAAUUUUCGUUUAGUCAUAUUCAUUUAUCUACUUAUUCUGCGUCCUCUGCUAUAACAAAAAUUAUACGGCAUUUUUAAUUCACUUAAGACUGUAUAAUUUUUUUACUUGGUGACAAUUUGUUAGUUGUGUGCAACACUUUCUUUCUUAUUAUAAUAUGCAUGCGGUUUGCUAUUUUAUUGUUGUCAUUUUUAUUCGUUGAAAGACGUUAUUAAAGUUUAUUUUCGUUAUAUUUUUAUCAAAUGAUUUAAAUUAUGCGAGAAACGUUAACUUUGCUGUUAAAUACUUUGAUGUCUCAUUUAUCCAAUUUGAAUGUCCUUGCGCUAAAUCUUCUUUUUAACAGAUUCCAGAUUUUAGCCGUUUGUUGGUUUUUUAUACAGUAUAUUGUUGUUUUAACUUUUUAAGUUGAUUGUAUUUCGAGAAACAGAUAUAACUUUUUUAAAUAUUUUAGAAUUAUUGAUGCAAAAAUAAAAAUGAAAAACUAACCAUUUAUUCUCUGCCAUUCCCUCUAGAACUUUAUCGAUGUCCAGUUACGCUUCGAUAUUUAAGCCAAGAAAUGGUAUUUUUUUUUCUAAAAGACAAAAAAGGAGAAUAUAGAAUAUAUAGAUCUGUAACUGGAUUAUGUACACUGGUUAUGUAUUAUAGGUACCUUUCUUCAAAUAUGACAGCGAGGGCUGUAAAUGCGGAUUGUAACGAAUAUGUUAUGCUCAAAAGAGUAACGCGCGCAGUGGAGCAGGCGUGUGUGAAAUUGUUAAAACUUGUAUAUAAAAUGUAAAUAUUUAAUAUAAAAAUAGUAAAAUUUA